AUGUUUCACAAUAGUAAGAACUCGAAAGAUUCGAAUAGGAACUCACAAGGAGAAAGCCCGUUGAAAGAGUAUAGGAGAAAGGCGCCUUUUAGGCUUGGUGUAAAGAAAUACAGAAUAGAAUGCGAGAACAUUAUAGAUCCAUAUUCAGGGGAUAUUAAAAAUAAAAUACAGUGGCUGACAGACAGGCCCAGUUUUGCUAAUAAUCUGCUCGAACAUUUACAAGAAGGCGUCACUACACUUGAAGAAAUCGAGAAGAUUAUUUGUGAUGAUGAAAGUGCUUUUAGGGAACUCCGAGAAGCAGCUAAGCAAGCCAGCAAUGGUAAAGACAAUGAAAGUGCUGAUGAUCUUGUAAACGAUCCGGCCGCUCAGAAUUGGAAGAGAGUUAUAGAUACAAUAAAGAAAGCAUACAAUAGUCCAGACCUUGAAGAAGCUGAGCAGUAUGGAUUUGGGAACACACAUGGCAGAAUUAGCCAAAAAGGUCCAGAGGCAGGGUGGCUCAAGCACUUCUAUCUGUAUACUUUGAAGUUAUUAGAAGCUAUGCAGUUCGAAGCUGUGAAAGAAAUACUUGCCUCACUCAAGAAGGCUUGUGAUUUGCAGCAGUCAAAUAGUACCAUAUGCUAUACUUUGUCCAAGAAAGCUAGGCAACUCUAUCAAGAAAUACAUAAUCUAGAAAAGAGAAAGAACAUUGAGAAGGACAAGUGUUCAAAGGCAGAUAUAAGAGUCUUUUCUGAACUUGAAUCUGAGUUAGUACACAUUGAUGAAAAGGCUGAUAAGAUCAAGCAGAACAUGAACUCAAGUCACAAAGAACUUGAGAAUGCUCUUACAGUUCCUAAAAGGCUAUGGAAUAAAAAAUAUCCUGAGCAAGAUAAAAAGGAACAGUCAAAGCAGACUUCAAAAAGUAGAAAAUCUGUAACUAGAAGCUUUUGGAAAAAACAAAGGUCUUAUGACUCUUAA